AUGCCUCUAUCUGCUGCAGAAAAGCAGCGUCGAUAUAGACAACGUCGAGAUGCAGAUCCUGAGCGCAGGAAUAACUUCUUACAGAAGGAAAGACGGAGAUGGCAUGAUAACAAAGGAAAGUCAGCAUCCAGACUGAGUGUUGAUCAGUUGACUGACAGGGAGAGGCGAAAUAGACGAAAGUACUGGAGAAAAAAACAACAAACUCAUAGGGCAACGCAGAAGUCAGCACGAAAUAUUAUGACCCCUCCAUGCAGCCCUGACGAUAAUGGAAACGGCAGAAGAGAAAGUGGACUUAGAAGGCGAAGGGCUCGGGCUAAACGCUCUAAGGACAUGAAAGACUUGACAGAAGCAUUACAGCAGGAAAGGAGGCGUGCAGAGCGCUACAGAAAGCGAUACAACCGUCUUCUCAAUCGCACAUCAGACAGCCCUAGAAGUAAAACUCGUCAGUUACUAAGGAACUUUCAUGUUGGGAAAUCUGUCAGACAAACAUUAAAUUUCCACUUUGCCCUAGUCAGCGACCUGAAAGCCAAAUACAAGGCGUCGCAUCAUGAGAGGAGGAAACAAAUGGUGGCACGACUUUUGACUGGGAAAAUAGUCAAACAGUAUCGAUUCCAGAAAUUUGCGGAAGAAAUUUUUGGCUUUUCCCAAAGAAGAUGGAAACAUCUAGUCACUGGCUCCACGUGUAAUGCAGACCCUUUUGAUUUUAAGAAACGGAAGAUGGCAGCGUGGGCCUCAAAGUUUGCAUCACGAGUUCGAUCCUUUUACAUCCGGGAUGACGUAUCACGUAUAACUGCUGGGAAAAAGGAGACAAAAACCCGAAAUAAGCAGAAAAUGCAGAAACGCUUUCUAUGCGACAGCUUGAAGGUGCUUCACAUGAAAUUUCUUUCAGAGAGCCCAAACAUGAAGAUAUCAUAUUCUCUCUUCUGUCGGUUGCGACCGUUUUGGGUAAUUAUACCGUCCUCAAAGGACAGAGAAACCUGUCUGUGUAAAACACAUGAAAACUUGAACCUACUUGUCCAAAAAUUGCGUGACUUAAAACUUUUACAAACAUCCGACUUAUGUCAAAUGGCAGACAACAUGGCUUGUGACAGAAAUCAAAAGGCGUGCAUGUACGGCGAGUGCGCAUCAUGCGUCUCGGCUCAAGUUCCAGUGGCAGAAAACUAUGAUGAGUUACAACAGGUAGAAUACUGGCAAUGGGUUUCCAAAAAGACAGAGAGAGUGCUAAAGUCCUCGGAAGUGAAGGAACAGAGGGUGACGUCAAAGGAUAAAAUUUCAGAAAGACUGGUGGAUGUGGUUAAUUUGUUCCAGAAACAGAUGAAGCAAUUUCAGCGCCAUUUAUUUAACAUACGUCACCAGUUUGCCUCUCUACGACAGUUGAAGGAAAACCUUAAGGAUAAUGAAUGCAUAAUCCAGCUUGAUUUCGCUGAAAAUUAUCUUUGUCAAUAUGCCACAGAAAUACAGUCAGCACACUUUGGAGCCUCACACCAGCAAGUUACCUUACAUGACGUGGUGCUUCAGGUAGGAAACAUUCCAGAGGCAAUAGCUAUGUGCACUAUGUCCCCAUCGCUGCAGCAUGACCCACCUGCAAUCUGGACAUACCUAGAGCCUGUUUUUCAGUACAUUAAAACCAAGUUCCCAAAGGUAGACACGUUGCACUUCUACAGCGAUGGCCCGUCCACCCAGUACAGACAAAAGAAAAACUUUUUCCUUUUCUGUACCAAAAUAUACCAGCACGGUUUCUCAUCAGCAACGUGGAAUUUCUUUGAAGCUGGGCACGGUAAGGGCGCCCCUGAUGGAGUAGGUGGGUCCAUCAAAAGAGCAGCAGAUCGCCUUGUUAAUGCGGGCAUAGAUAUCCCUGAUGCUAAAAAAAUGUUUGGUGAACUAACGAAGUCAGAAACCAAAGUGAAAAUGUUUUUCACUGACAGUUCUUCUGUUACCAAUGCUACAAAGAUGCUUCCCGAGAACAUAGUAACCGUUCCUGGUACAAUGGGCAUUCAUCAGAUAUGUACAACAAAGAUGGGGUCAAUGUAUUACAGACAGAUAAGUUGCUUCUGUAGCCAUCCAGACACCUUACGCUGUUCUUGUUAUGAUGCCAAAGAGUUUGUGUUUCCGACAUCUGAAAUGACUACUCCUCAACAACCGACUCAUGAGCCUUCACACACCGGCCUGACUCCUCUCGACAUCACCGACCCUGACGUUAUCGGAAAAUGGUGUGUGGUAAAGUAUAUGUACGAUGGGAAAUAUUACCCGGGUAUUGUGACAGGUGUGGAUGAGGAGGAUGUGGAAGUGAAGUGCAUGUCGGCAGUUGGGGAAAACAGAUUCUUCUGGUCAAGGUUUGACGAUGUCGUCUGGUAUCGCCACGAGGACGUAAUCUGCACCAUUCCCGAACCGUGUAAAAUUGGCACACGUCACCUGCAGAUUGAUAAAGAAAUCUGGUCAAAGAUAAAUUGA